ACGUCAUGUCAAUUUGUCUUUCUGUUUUGGUUGUUGUUAUUAUAGUUUCUCAAAAAUGGAACAAAUCUAUGUCCCGCGCUACAAAAGCACAGUUCAAAUCGAAACACAUUUCAAUUCAUACAAAGCGAAUCUUGGAUGUGCGCUAAACAUUCCAGUAACCACUUCACACAUCAAAUCACUGAUGAAUUACCAAGGUAUGGACGAAGAGUUUGCGUCAUUGGAGGAUUCAAUAUCAUUGCAACAAUUGGCCCAUAUUGACGAUUUGAAUCCGAUGCCAUUCGACCCAAGCGAAUCAUCAACUCGAAGGCAUUCAGUCACAAGAGUACCGAAAAAAGCGCUCCAUCUGAAGACGGUAUCUGCACUAAUUGAAGUGCAAGGUAAAUAUAAUGAAAGCCACAGGAACCGUUACGUCUCCUACAAUAAAUACAAACACAUCAACACGAGUCACGAAAACGAUGAAGGCGAAAUCAAUUUGAACGUAAAUGACGAAGUUGUUCUGGCCGUUCGAUUCUACGAACCGUUCACCUACCGACCGAAUGCAAAUUGUGAUUUAAAGCCAAAAUUGAGUCAAUCGUUCCUUGUGCUGGGUUCGCAGACCCUGGCGGAAUUGAGAGAUAGAUUGCACUGUGAUAGCAAAUUUGCACCUCUAUACGAUAUUAGUGAGAAUCCCGACAAACCGGAUGAAUCGGAAGCAUCGUUCGACCAUGGUUUCUUUUUCAUCGGUGACACAUUUUACAACGACACACGGCAACCAACUAUCGACUACUCGGAAGUUAUUCGAAAUUGGGCCAAAAAUCAUGAAAACAUUGCCGAACUGAAAACCAACUCAAUGGAAGACACUAAGUUCGAAGAACUGACCGUUCGUUUGGGCUAUCCGUAUUUGUAUCAACACUACGGCAAUUGUGAACACCUGUUCACAAUCUCCGACAUCAGAUUGAUAAGUGCCACUGAUUCACUGGUGCGGGAACGUUAUCCAAUGCUGAAAAUUGUAUCGGGCACGAAGAGCAUCAUUUGCAUGAUUUGUGGCGUGAAUGAAGCGAAUGUUGUUGUUAAGGACUCAUCGGCGCAUAUUAACGAUCCAUCACAUUUGUGUACGGGCUGCUUCAAAUCGUAUCAUUACGUUGAUGGCAAGAAAGUUGGUAGCUUCAAAGCUUAUCGAUACUAUGGCAACGUCAUGACUGAAUGAACAAAAAUGUAAAACAUUUUCGAAAAUAGAUUAAAUGCAUUUGAUUGUUGAACUGUC